AUGGUUCAAGUGGGCUCCACUUUGCCCCCAGAGGAAUACCAAGACUUCAAAGAACUGCUCAUGGAAUUCAGUGAUAUUUUCGCAUGGUUUCAUCAAGACAUGCCCGGCAUUGACCUAGAGAUAGUGGAGCAUCAAAUUCCUCUACUGCCAAAUGCUAAACCCGUAAAACAGAAACUAAGGCGGAUGAGGCCGAAUUGGGUGCAGAAAAUCAAGGAUGAGAGUUCGAUCUUGAAUGAGGAAGUGCUAACAGUUGUCGAGGAUGUGUGGACACUCUACUUUGAUGGAGCGGCCAACCAGAAGGGAUAUGGGAUCGGAGUACUUUUGAUUACACCUGAUGGCUCUCAUAUUUCGCUUGCGUUCAAGCUCAAUUUUGAUGUCACAAACAACCAAGCUGAGUAUGAGGCCUGUAUUGUUGGUAUGGAGGCCGCUCUUACCCUCGGUGUGGAAAAACUUAAGGUCAUUGGUGAUUCUAAUCUCGUCUUAUCUCAAGCCAAUGGGGACUGGAAGGUUCGCGAAUAG